AUGAAGAUUCAUUUGGAGGAUUCGGAAGGAUUCAGUGAAAGAAGAUUCAAAGGAAAGGAUUCAGAGGAUUCAGAAGGAAGAUUCAAAGGAAAGGAUUCAGAAGGAAGAUUCAAAGUAAAGGAUUCAGAAGGAAGAUUCAAAGUAAAGGAUUCAGAGGAUUCAGAUGGAAGAAGAUUCAAAAUAAAAGAUUCAGAGGGUUUUCAGUGA